AUGCCUUCUCAGCAGCCGAAACAAGAGGGCUCUUCGCCAGGCCACGACAUAUUGAGUUCGACAAACAACGAGGUCUCUGCACGGCGGCUGAAGAAGCGCGAGAUCGAUCGAAAAUGUCAACGACAGGCCAGAGAGCGCACGCGGUCCCGAAUAGCCUAUCUGGAGAGCCUAGUCGAGAACUUGCAACAACCUGAUGGCGACGAGAGAAGCGCAUCUUUGUUGAAGCGGUUGUCCGAGGUAGAGAAGGAGCGAGACGUUCUGGCACAUACAUUGAAAGGCGUGCAGAAGGCUGUCUACGGCUUGGAAGGUGCGACCGACAAGUACGGCAAGAAUGACGUUUCCGAAGUCGACAUGAAUGCUAUUGACUUUGGUCCAGCCAGUCUGGUAAGAAAUAGCAGUCUCACUGACACCGGUUCGCCAACUUCGCCCGUGCUACCAGAAGCUGAAGUCAUGGCUUCAGACGGGCAACGCUCCAGCCAACAAGCGUCCCGCCAGCUUUCAAUUUCUGCAAAAUCCGAAACACCUGCCGCUAAGCCUAGCGUUGACCUGCCCGUAAAGAUACAGAACGAUGCCUGCGAUUCUUGCCGCGAUCCAACAAGCACAUCUAGUUCGAGAGGCAGCUUCUGGAGAUACGCCAACGUCACUUUGAUGGAGAACUAUCGACGCAUCAGUCCCAUCAUGCCCGAAGAGGAUGCGCUCGAUGAGGACAUUCCUGUCCGCGUAGUGCUUGGCUCGUGGGAUGAGGUGGCUUCGCAGAUUGAGCUACCAGCGUCAUGGAAGAUCAUGCGCCGCAUAGACGAACACAUGUUCACGAAGACAGAACCAAAAGAGCGUCUUGCGACAAUGUACAUGCUGCACACCAUGCUGCAAUAUCACCGCGACCCGACCGCCGAACGAAGAGCUAAGCUGCCGCCCUGGUAUCUGCAGCGACCCUCCCAAUCCAAACCACAUGCGUAUGCGAUCAACUACUUUGUGUGGCCUGGUGUGCGUGAGCGUUUUGUUCACGAGCAGCAUAAGUACUGUGGCAAUCUCUUUGCACAGAUGUUCCAAACUUGCCUUCAGAUUCUCUGGCCUUACGACUUCCGAGAUUGUUUCAUGCAGAACUGGGAGACCGGCGCAUAUGAGUUCUCUCCCAAUUUCCGCACCGCCAUCCAUGAUAUUUCGAAAUGGACGAUGCGGCCGGAAUUCUUCAGACCUUUCCCUGAUCUGAGAUGCGAUAUUCCAUCCGCCUGGACCAGUCCUACGUCGACAUCGAACGCAUUCCAAAUGCAGCUCGCGGGGCACAGUGAUACGGGAAGGAGCAUACGCCAGAUGCACGCAUCCUUGCAACAGCAGGCGCAGCAGAUCCAGCAGAUAAGUCGGACGAACAGCGACAAAGUCGCUAAUGGCCUCGGAAGUGGCAGCCACGACGUGAACUCCGUGCCCGCAAUGAGUAUGGCUGAAGCAUGGCUCCCGGGCACUGCUAUGGUUGGCUGGAACGACAACAGUGCCUAUUCGCAAGCCUUUAUGGAUCACACCCUGCAGCCUCAGUGGACGACUUGA